AUGGUGCCUCUAGUAUGGAUAGUGUUCUUGUGCAUCGUCAGCAGUGCUAGAUCGGGUGGCGCGAUUUUCGACGAAACUGAUUGUGCUACACCAUGUUCUGCUAGCUUCUCUGGAUAUGCUCUCGAGAUGCUCAUGGUAAAGCUGGACCACAUGCAGCAAAGUGUUCUGCAACUACAGAUCGAAUUGGCCAAACAGCGGGAAGAGCAAGCGCACAUGACCGUGGGACUAGACCAAAUGCAGCAAAGUUUUCUGGAGCUACAGACCGAAUUGGCCAAGCACCGGGAAGAGGCUGCGCCAAGCCAAGUUGACAGCAAGGCGCACAUGACCGUGGGACUAGACCAAAUGCAGCAAAGUUUUCUGGGGCUACAGAGCGAAUGGGCCAAGCACCGGGAAGAGGCUGCGCAAAGCCAAAAUAACAGCGAUAAGAGCCUGGUCGAUAUUAAGAGGGCUGUGCAGAACAAUUUCGAUUCGAUGCGUCGAUUGGAGGAUGAUGUUGGACGCAACUUCACUCUUCUACGGGAACAAACAUGGCAGAUCUUGACGCAAAUACUUACGCGUGUUACACCGAAGACCAAUCCUCUUUCAUAUGUGCCCUAUCGUUCGUGCAGUGACAUUCGGAAUGCACAGUCUGGGCCAUAUAUUAUACAGGCGAACGAUGAAAGUAACCCUUUAAUGGUGUACUGUCAGGAGGAUGUGAAGGGUGGAGACAGCUGGUUGGUGAUACAGCACCGAUUCGAUGGAUCGCUAAACUUCUAUCGCAACUGGAAAGAGUAUCGGGAUGGUUUCGGUAACAUUGCGAAGGAGUUCUGGAUCGGACUGGAACGAAUACAUCAGCUGACAUCGGGGCGACCCCAUGAACUGAUGGUUGAGCUGAGAGACUUUAAGGGAAAUUAUAAAUUUGCACUCUUCGAAGCAUUCAAGAUCGGCAGUGAAGCCGAACAAUACAAUCUGAAAACCCUUGGAGCGUACAACGGAACUGCAGGCGAUUCUCUGUCAUAUCACAAGAAUAUGAAAUUCUCAACGUACGAUCGUGAUAAUGACAUGUGGACGGGAGUAAAUUGUGCUGAAUUGUUUGAGGGUGCCUGGUGGUACAACGUCCGUUCGAACUCCAAUUUGAACGGACCAUACAGGAAUACAGCAGAUGGUAGAUCGAUGCACUGGUACGACUUCAGCAAUUCCCGUGAAGGACUGAGCUUUUCAAGAAUGAUGAUCCGACCAAAAUAA